GUCGAACAUUGGGAUGUUUUGUUUACCUGUUGUUAAUGGCAAUGAAUUUUUGUUUUCAUACGGAAGCAUUGAUCACCCCUGGGCACCCAGGGAAGUGGUUCUCGAUAUAUUGAAUUGUGAUGCUUCGAUGCAAACAAUCAUGUUGAUAUCAUGAAGGCCCGUGACUCCUUCCAAACGUGAAUCGACGUUCAUUAUCGUCUCCAUCUCACGUCUGCCGCGUCUCAUGUGAAGUUUGAACGGGGAUGAAUCAACUUUUUCACUUUGACUGUCUUAGUGUGCGAUAUGGACUUGUGUAGCCGGUUAAUUUUGUCUAAAACGUUUAGAACAAUAAACAGCAUAUGAUCUCUGUUUCUAAUUAAUGAUAAUUAAUUGCGACCAGACGACAUCAUUUUACCAAAUUCUGCUCAUCAGUUUACAGGGGUGCGAUGGUUUGGUAGUGGAAGUUUGAAGAGUUUAAAAAUCCUUAAUUUGGGUGUAUCUGUGACUACCUGUAAACAGUUAUUUUGGUCUUCUCUGUCUCACAGUGAACAUUAUUCAAGAGAGCUUUAUCUGAAAACAGCUAACAUGGCCGAAUAUGGCGAAGAUCCUUUAAUGAGUUCACAGAACCUGACCUGUCCACUAUGCUUGGAAAUGUUCAAAGAUGCAACUCUUCUCACAUGUGGACACACUUUUUGUCGCAUUUGCCUCGAAAACUAUGACGAGACCCAGAGAGAAGUUGCUGACAUGGCUUGUCCGCUCUGUAGGGUGACAACUAAAUUGGAUAAGGAACGUGUGGCAGGGCUGCCCGCUAAUGUUACCGUCAAUGGUCUGGUGGACGACUGCCGUUCUGCUGAUGUUAGCCAUAAAGCUACUGACGAUGUUACCAAGUGCACAGCCUGUGAAUUUGGAAAGGAUGCGGUUUCUUUCUGCAUUGCUUGCAGUUAUUACAUGUGUGAGGGAUGUGACGAGGGACACGGCCAGUUGAUGACAACAUUCUUCAAGGGUCACCAGGUAAUCUCACUGGAUGAUGUGAAAGAGAAGGAUAUCAGCAUUGAUGAGUUAUCUAACAAAUGUUCCAUACACAAGCGAGAUGACAAGGAUUUGUUUUGCAAGGAUUGCAAGGUAUUCAUCUGUUACAAGUGUACGAUCGUCAGUCAUCGUGAUCAUGUCAUCAAGAAUCAACCCGACGUCGUGGAUGAGCUUAAGAAUACGGUAGAUCGGCUGAUCAAGCUGUCUGAGUCAACCAUUGCCUCACUCAAAGAAAAUAUUGGGUUCAUUGAAAAUAAGAAGGAAGGAGUUCAAGAAGCUACCCAGAAACUUCGGGCAGAUGUCAUGGAAGCAGUUCAUGUUAAAUCUAUUCAGCUCCAAGAAAAUGAGCGUAUGCUUCUUGAACAAGUAGAUGCUCUGCAGGAGAGGUGUGAUGGCGACAUAGAUACCUUAAAGGAGAAUGCCGUUCACAGGAUCCAAAAUAUCUCACGUUCACUGGCAUUGGUUAAUGACGGCAUCAAGACACGCCAUCUUGAAAUGGAUAGAUUAACGGCACACUCUUUACAUUGUGAAGAAUUGGAAGCUAUUCUUAGUGAAGCAUUUGAUGAAACGUCUGCGAAGGAUAUACUGGAGAGUGUGAAAGAUGUGAAAUUUCUUCCGACCGAUAAUAUACAUGAAGAAGUUGGCCAGUUCUCAACUCCGACAUGCAGAAUCAUCAACAAAUUUGAGUUUCCCAAACACAUCCAAGGAAUGGUCAAGAAGAACAUCAACAGCGUCGUAAUUGCUCAAUAUGGUGGACAAAGUGUCAUUAAAAUCAACUCCAGUGGCGAUAAACAGGACAUGCAGAAGCUACCGUCUAUGUUCUACUACGACAUUGCUUUUCAGAGCAGGUCCAAGAUGGUGGUGUCUUCUAAUUCCUAUUAUGAAAUUCAUGUGCAUGCCAAGGAUGGAUCUCGUCUGGCGACGAUGGAAGUACCACGAGGUGGUGAUUACCCAAAGGUGAGCAUCGGUCCCUCAGAUGAGAUCUUGGUUGCCAACAAAUCAAGCCAGGUUUUCAUUUACGAGUCAAGCGGACAAACCCUGACACAUACGAUACCGACUCCAAACUUACCAAAGCAAGCCUUUGCCAUCAUGUCAGGAGCAAUUGUCACGAGUUCUUGUGAUGCAAACCCCAGUGUGGUACAGCUGUAUGACAAGGAUGGUAACGCAGGUACAUCUAUUCGAGCCCUUCAAGGGGAAUACCUCUAUCCUGCUGUAGAUAGUAAGGACAGGAUCUUUAUUGCCAAAGUCAAGAAGGGCACUCUUCUGCUCACGCUCUAUGAACUAGAAGGUCUUGACCUGAGGAAAAAGGCACAAUUUGAAGAACUGAAAAUAUCCCCAGGUAGCAACGCAUGCUAUUUGGUGUGCCUUUCUCGAGGCAUGCUUGCUUUUGCCUGUGGUUGUUGGCUUUAUUUUGUGAAAGUUCCCUAUAUAUAAUCUGCAUACUAAUUGUAAUUGCCAUUGCACUUGCUAAUUGCUUGCUUGUAAGCAUGUUACUUUAUUUUGUUCAUGAUUGUGACACCCAGAAAGUUUAUUGACAUGGUUGAUGAUUUGCAAAAAGGAAUUCUUUCCGCUUUUAUUGAAUACAAUUGGCGACAACAUAAUGGCAAUGAAUCUUCAAACACUCUUUGUUAUUGCCAAAGAAAAUCACAUUUUUCUUCUUCAUAUUUUUGUUUUCGCAUUACACUCAUGUCAUGAUAUUCAAGCAUUGUAAAUAUCAUAUUAUUAAGGAACUAUUAGAAUCCCACUAUUAUAAUAUGAUUCCUGUAAAAAGUCGUAUAACUUCUGAGUAAUAUUUACUUAUGGCUGUUAUGCCUUUUGGUAAAUUGUUUAGAAAAGUGAAUAUUUCAAGGCCAAAAUCCUCCUCCUUAGAAAGAUGCGAACUAACAUUGUGUUAUGGUUUCUCAUUGAUUAUGUGAUAUAGAUAGUUAUACUUUAAAGUAACUAUCCAUGUUGAGAUAAAUACAUAGAAUGAAAUUGGCCUAUUAUUUUAUUUGUAUAAAGAAACUUAAAUGUUUUGAGAAGAACAUAUUUGAUUUGCUACUUGGUACAUAAAUUAUUUUAUUGCAUGUACUACGGUAUGAAUGUAGUUAAUUAGCCAGUUAUCAUUCAGUUGAGCCGAAUAUAAUAAGUCAAGUCCACUCCCAAAAAGUUAAUUUGUACAUAAUAAUAAAUAAAUAAAAAUCGAAAAAAAAUAAUGCUGAAAAUUUGUUCAAAAUCGGAUGUAAAAUA